AUGGCGACAGAGGCGGAAUCGAACGAAAGCUGCCAUCUCCAGGAGGAGACGACUUCGAUCGAACCGGACGAGGUCACUCUUCGUUUUCCCGGGAUGUUCCAGAAAACCGAUGUCGGCCUGGCGGUGAUCUUUGUGCUCUUCGUGGUCCUCACCGUUUCCGGAAACGUGCUCGUGCUGGUCGUGAUCAAGGUGACUUCGUCCAUGAGGAGCCCCACGCAUCUCCUCAUGGGGAACUUGGCAGCGAGUUACAUCGUGACGGGAAUCCUGGUUCUGCCGUUCUCUGCUCUCAUUCAGUUCGGCGGGGAAUGGAAGUUCGGCCAUGCACUGUGUCGGAUCUGGGUAUUCCUGGAUAAACUGUGCUGCGGGGCGACGGUCUUGUCCCUGUGUAUGAUUGCAGUGGACCGAUACAUCGGUGUGAGUCGACCACUAUCGCACGAUCGGAUCAUGAGCCGUUCCCGGACGCUGUGGGCCAUCGCCUUUAUUUGGCUCAUCAGUCUGGCGAUGAGCCUGGGACUACUUGUGGGUUUGGAGGGGAAGCCGGCCAAGAUGACAUUUUGCUCCGUGACGGUCGACGCCCGGUAUAUUAUCUUCAGAGCCAUCGUGAAUAUCCUCAUCCCUUCCAUCGUCCUCCUCGUCUUAUAUUGGAAAGUGUACCGGAGGGCCGUCUCAGCUCUGAAGCAGGGCCAGGACGAAUCGGAUUGUGAGUCCCUGAGGAUCAAUCGGUGCGAGACCAGCACGCCGUCGGAAGGCCGAGUCUCAUCUGCCGACCCUAACCAAUGUCUUGAAUCCGGUAUCGACCCAGCGGUUCAGCCCUUUACCAUCGACGAAAGGAGGAUGCAUUCCGGGGCGUGCUCUUUAAAGAACAAAUCUUUUGAUUUCCUGCAUCAUCCGCAUCGACAGUGCUGCAAUUCCAUAAGAAGAACUCGAAGGUGA